AGAAGAAGAGGCGCUUGCUUGCAUCCAACGGCAUUGGAGCUUGCAGGUUCUUCCUACGCAAAAGCCACUGCCCGGUCUGAAAGCAGUACCUGAAGUAUUAAUUCCGGCGAACAUCCCCGACGCUCAAGACAGGUCACCUGAAACCUGCUGUUAUAGGCCCUGCUAAGGUUCGAGAGGGUGGGCCUUCCGGUCAAGGCCUGGUCACCACCAGCAGCCACGUCCAGUGAAACGAGACAGGUCGACUGCACAUCAGCAUGAACACCAACCAGUACGCCACCAAGAAGACCGUGGCGCAGGGCUUGCUGGACGUGGCCCUGCUCACGGCCAACACCGCGCAGCUCAAGAGCGUCAUCCAACGGGGCGCCCAGCAAGAAUUCUACACCCUGCUGUUGGUGCUCCUUAGCCUCUCCAUAGGGCUGCAGGUCAUGGUGGGCGUCGUGUUCCUCCUGGAGGGUUUCAUCAACGUUAACGACGAGAAGAACCACCGGCUCGCCGUCAUCCUCAACAACGUCUCCACCGCGGGCGUGUUCGGCAUCACGGUCGUCAACAUAAUGGUGGCCUCCUUCGACGGCCGCAACGGCGCCGUCGGCCUGGUGCUCCAGCAGCCGUCCAACCUGGCCAAGCCCUCGGGGCCCCAGUGAGCUCGGGUCGCUCAGCGUCCAUGCCCGGACGACCCUGCGGCGUCGUUACAUCGGUUUUGGUCGCCAUGUAUGGACUCGCCGGCUGUUCUUUCAUCUUGCUGUUCACGAGAGGAUCCCGCGCAGACUUCAUUUAGUCUCUUCGUGAAUUUAAUUAAGAAGCGCACUUUUCCGCGACUAAAGCGGUGGAACCGCGUAGGCCCACUCGUCCGUCGCUGAAUGUCUCGACAACCCUCGUCUGGAGACAUGGGAGCUGGCGAGAAAGCGGAGACGACGUGGAAUAAAGCAGUGUCUCCUGGUCUCGUUUAGACUUAAA